AUGUCGGGCGUAGCCGCUGCGUCGCCGUCAAAGACGGGCGAGAUCUCUGGGACCGCUUCGGGCGGCGAUUCGGCUCACGCACUCAAGGCUUCGACCACGAUCGUCGUUGCAGGUGCCUCGGGCGACUUGGCGAAGAAGAAGACCUUUCCGGCCUUGUUCGGCCUCUACAACAACGGUUUCCUGCCCUCCGACAUCCGCAUCAUCGGCUAUGCCAGGACAAAGAUGGACCCCGAGGAGUACCACAAGCGCGUCACGCAGUACAUCAAGGCGCCGAUUCCCGCCAUGAAGAAGAAGCUCGAAGAGUUCCUCGAGCGCUGUUCGUACGUCUCGGGCCAGUACGACAAGGACGACGGCUUCGAGGAGCUCGAGAAGGAGCUGAAGAAGUGCGAGGAGACGUACGAGGACAAGAAGGCGCCCAAGAACCGCGUGUUCUACAUGGCACUCCCGCCCUCUGUCUUUACCGUCGUCGCCGCCAACUUCAAGAAGCACAACUACUCCGAGGGCGGUAUCAACCGCAUCAUUGUCGAGAAGCCGUUCGGGAAGGACCUCGAGAGUUCGAGGGAGAUGCAGGUCGACUUGAAGAAGGAGUGGAAGGAGGAGGAGAUCUUCCGCAUUGACCACUACCUCGGCAAGGAGAUGGUCAAGAACCUGCUCGUCCUCCGCUUCGCCAACGUCAUGCUCGACGCCUCGUUCAACAAGAACCUCAUCUCGAACGUCCAGAUUACCUUCAAGGAGCCAUUCGGGACCGAGGGUCGCGGCGGUUACUUUGACGAGUUUGGCAUCAUCCGCGACGUUAUGCAGAACCACUUGCUCCAGGUCCUCUCGAUCCUCACGAUGGAGCGACCUGUCUCGUUCUCUUCGGAGGACAUUCGUGACGAGAAGGUCAAGGUCCUCCGCUACAUCCCCGAGAUCAAGUUCGAGGACGUCCUCCUUGGCCAGUACACGGCGAGCGGUGACAAGCCCGGCUACCUCGACGACGAGACCGUCCCCAAGGGCUCGAUCUGCCCGACCUUCGCCGCGUGCGUCUUGCACAUCAACUCUCCUCGAUGGGAGGGCGUCCCGUUCAUCCUCAAGGCCGGCAAGGCGCUCAACGAGCAGAAGACCGAGAUCCGCAUCCAGUACAAGGACGUCACGCAGGGCAUCUUCAAGGAGAUUACGCGCAACGAGCUUGUCAUCCGUGUCCAGCCGGGCGAGGCCGUCUACCUCAAGAUGAACUCGAAGGCGCCGGGCCUUGCUAUGCGCACCGUCCCGACCGAGAUGGACCUCACGUACAAGCGCCGCUUCAGCGACCUCAAGAUCCCCGAGGCUUACGAGGCCCUCAUCCUCGACGCGCUCAACGGCGACCACUCCAACUUUGUCCGCGACGACGAGCUCGACAUUGCCUGGAAGAUCUUCACCCCGAUCCUGCACUACAUCGAGGAGAAGAAGCCGAAGCCUCACGGCUACGCCUACGGUUCUCGCGGACCGGAAGAGCUCGAAAAGUUUGUCCAGGACAAGGGUGCCUUUGUCCGCUCGAGCGCCAACUACACCUGGCCCAGCACGUCGGUCCUCUGA